CAAGUGCAAAGAGCUAUUAACUUGAACAAAAAACGGUCACCACAAAUUUUAGAGACUCUACAGUUUGUUUAAUGCUACGUAAAAUACGGUUCUCUUCCGCUGUUGUGGUUAAUACUAAUACUGUAAAAUACCUUUUUGAUGGGCACAGUCACCGCCCCGUUGGUGCACGAAGUGGCUGCAUCGAAGUUCAAACGGAUGUCGCUUUGGAUGGCUAGCUGACCUUACUUAACGGCUACCUAGAAACUUAGCAUUUUCACACACUUUGCACAAAGGAGUUUUAAUUUUCAUAAAGUAUAUAAUAUAAUGCAUCUUUAUAUUUACUUAUACUAACUUUUAAAUAUUUUUUGUUUUAAUUUGUUUGGGUUUUUUUUUACAUAGAGAGGUUUAGCAUCAUUAAACUCACGGGAGUAUACUGCACCUUAGCUUACAAUACAGUUUACUUGAAUCCAAAUUUUUGUAGCCCCGACAGACAUGGUUUUAUUAUUUAACAGCUUAUCUCUGCACGCUCAGUCACCUCUGAUAGCAGCGUACAGGAGGACGUGGAGACCGGUAGGCAGCUGUUCAGCCCUGCCCUGCUCAGUUUCAUAUAUGGGCAAGGUAAAAAUGGCAAAGUUUGACGUGACAGCAGUAGCUGCUAAAAACAGCACUGACACCAGCGAGAUAGCAGCCGACACCCGCCUGGAGAGGAGCAGCAGGCCUACACAUUAGCCUGACUCGGGCCUACUGUGGCUUGCGUUCCCAAACGGACUUUUAGCAGCUUUACCAGCUUUACAGUUCGUGGUCUUCCGUCUGAUUUACUUCUGGUGGUGUUUUAUGAUUUGCUGAAAGCGUCUGUCAAAAAUGAAUAACACGGACAACCUGGAGAAACAGCUGAUCUGUCCCAUCUGCCUGGAGAUGUUUACGAAGCCUGUGGUUAUCCUACCCUGCCAGCACAACCUCUGCAGAAAAUGUGCCAAUGAUAUUUUCCAGGCCUCAAAUCCGUACCUUCCAACAAGAGGUGGCUCCCUUACGUCUGGUGGCCGCUUCCGAUGCCCGUCCUGCAGACAUGAGGUGGUUCUGGACAGGCAUGGCGUUUACGGUCUGCAGAGGAACUUGCUGGUUGAGAAUAUCAUUGACAUGUUCAAGCAAGAGUCCAGCAGCAAGCCAGCGCCAGAGAGAAAGGAAAAGACGCCCAUGUGCGAUGUUCACGAGGAAGAAAAAAUCAACAUUUACUGCGUCACCCAUGGUGUGCCCACAUGCUCUUUGUGCAAGAUAUUCGGAGAUCACAAAGACUGCGAGGUGGCACCCAUAACCAGCAUCUACCAGACGAAGAAGACGGAGUUGAGUGACGGGAUUGCCAUGAUGGUCAGUAGCAACGACAGGAUGCAAGGCAUCAUCAGUCAGCUAGAGGAAGCUUGUCGUGCCAUAGAGGAGAAUGGUAGAAGGCAGAAGACUAUGGUGUGUGAGAAGUUCGACCAGCUGUACUCCAUCCUGGAGGAGAAGAAGAGGGAGAUGAGUCAGAAGGUGACAGCCGAACAGGAAGAGAAGGUGAACUACAUCCGGGGCUUGACCAGGAAGUAUGGAGACCAUCUGGAGGAGAGCUGUAAGAUUGUGGAGAUGGGGAUCCAGACUAUGGAGGAGUCAGAAAUGGCUUUAUUUCUACAGAACACAAAGCCUCUCCUCAAAAAGAUUGCAGACGCGUCCAGUAUAGCACACUUGGACAAAGUUGAGCGCGGCUACGAGAAUAUGGAUCAUUACAACAUCGAGUUCAAGAAAGAGAGCAGGGCCCUGCGCAGCAUCGACUUCAUCCAAGAUGAUGAAGAUGAGGAUGAAGUGGAUGAGAGCGGAGAAACGGGCGCUGAGGAAGAAGAGUCGGCCCAGACAGCCACUCCGAUCCAGCCGUCUGCCCCCCAGCAGAUGAACUCGUCCGCGAGCGCCGCCAAGAGCGCCUCUUCCACCUAGCUGUCGGCCGCCGGCCCAGACGGCGCCUAUAUCGGGAGCAGGUUAAGUUUUGCUAGAUGCUGAUUUCGGGUCAGUUUUGAUACUUUUUUCCCCAAGUUUGGGAACAAAGAGAUGGAUUUAGGUCUGUGCCAAAGAGAGAGUUUGAGGUAGAUCUGAGCUAGAUCUGAAGGACGAGACAGGAGUUUCAGUCCCCUUCUGUCUUUGUUUUAUUGUGAUUGUGUUAACGUGCUUCGCUGCAUACCGACUGAUCUUGUACGUUUUUCUGUCUGACUGAAUACACAUUUUGGUUCCUCCUUUAGCUGCUUAAUUCGAAUGACAGACAGACCACGUAUGUCCACUGGUUAUUUCCAGAAUUUAGGCUCAUACAUAUUUUAUAUGGCUGACCUUUUGCGACUCACCACUCAGACUGCAUCAUUAGAGAGCACGACAAGGGGGCCUCAGGUUUUCCUCCCUGUCGUAUACUUUUUUAUGACCAAUAUAACUUUAUCGGUUGGGGAGCAGAGUACAAAACUAUUACUGUGACAUUUCAGUAUCUCAAACAUGCAACAGCCUGUGUUAUGCUUUGUGUUCUUUUAUUGUGUAACAAAGGUUUAUGUUUCUAUUUUGGGCAAAAAAAAAAAAUUGCCUUGUUAUGGUUUAUUUUAUCUUAUGUGCCAUUAAAUUGUACAAACACCUGCAGGAUAGUAUUUCUCAAGUCUCGUCUGAUACCAGAUGAACAAAAAUGCAGCUCUUCUCAGUUUCCUCUCACUGCCACAUGUGUCGCUGUACUUUGUGUGGUGGUUUGUGCCUGGACUGAAUUACCAAUGAAAUGAUUUUGUGUAACACCCCACCCGUUCGUUUGUCUGUGUGUGUGUG